UGGCGGCGGCGGCGGCGGCGGCUGCGCAGGCGGGGCCCCUCCUCCCUCGGGCUGCGGCCGCUGCGGGUGCGCGACGACCGGCACCGGCGGCACCGGCAUGGGUGUGCACGUGGAGACCAUCUCCCCCGGCGACGGGCGGACGUUCCCUAAACGCGGCCAGACCUGCGUGGUGCACUACACGGGUAUGCUGGAGGAUGGGAAGAAGUUUGAUUCCUCCCGCGACAGGAACAAGCCGUUCAAGUUCGUGAUGGGCAAGCAGGAGGUGAUCCGGGGCUGGGAGGAAGGCGUCGCCCAGAUGAGCGUUGGCCAGAGGGCGAAGAUGACCAUCUCCCCAGAUUACGCCUACGGCUCUACUGGCCACCCAGGGAUCAUCCCGCCAAACGCCACUCUAAUUUUCGACGUGGAGCUCAUGAAAUUGGAAUGACCUACCCCAACACCCUGUCCUCGGACAGGUUUGGCACAUGGAGGAAUCCAGAAUCUCAGCUUCAAGAAGAGUGCACAUGACUUUGUACGGAGCUUUUCCCGACAGCCCACUACACUCAUUGUAUAACCUUACACCUUGAUUGAACGCCUUUGGUCACUAA